ACACAUACCAAGUCUUAAGUUACUGAAGGCCCUAAUAUAAUCAAGUUUGUAACCUGACUUUUGGGUUGAUUUACCUUCUUGUCUUUUUUCCUUCUAAGAAUGUAAAACAAAAGGUUUUUAACAUUAAGCUAAGUCAAUUUAAAAGUGGGUCACUUCUUGGUUUCCUCCCCUUUUUUUGUAAAAUUUUAUGUGUUAAUAAAAGCAUACAGUGUAUGACAUUCUAAAAAUUUAGUUACAUAUAUUGCGUAUGUAUAUAUACUUAAAAUUAUGCCAGGGGUUCAUAUAACUUAAUUUAUGGAAACGUUACUGAGAGAAAGCGUUUAAGCCAAAAAAGAAAUGUUUUUUUGCAUAAAAUGAAAUUUAACAUUGUGAUUGACUUUACUAAGUUUCAAGUUUUACUAAGUUAACACAAAAAUUAGAUUUGAACUUUUUGUGUUUAUUUUGCAAAAGUUUUUACAAAUUAAGUAUGAUCCAUCAUUGAGUAUGGUAACUAUUGAAACCAAUGUCAGUAAAUCCUGAAAUGUAAAAUCUGACACUUUAAUGUUCCUCAAAAUGAGUAUAUUAUGAAAAGAUUUUAUUAUAUGAUAAUUUUUAACUGGCCAUGAUGAUACUUAAGAUAUCACACAGUCUUGAUUUUAAACCACGAAGGAAAAAAAUUAAAAAUUAUGUGAGGACAUUAAAGAGAUAUAUCGGUGAGGAUAGGUCCGGUUGUAAGGGGAUGGAGGAGACCGGCAAUUAAUACCUUAUAAAAAGGAAUUGAAUUUGCACUAAAUAUGUGAAAGUUAAUGUAUUUUGUAAUUUGAAUGAUACUGUACAGUUUCAGUUCCUUUGUUGCUCUCUUUUGUCUUUUUCCUGUUUUCAGGUACUAUAAUAAACUUUCAAGGAAUUUGUAGAAGACGUUAGCAAGUUUUUUCAAAUUCUACUGGAAGAUAUAACAUGGCAGUUAUUUUAAGUGAAAAACAAUCAGAUAAGUACCUCUUAUUAAUUAAUUUUAUAUUUAAAUGUGUACUAUACAUAAAGGCGAGACCAUUUUCAUUGUGUAAUGUAAUUUUUAAGUUAUUUUAACAAUUUUGAAACCACACCCUUUUUAAAUUUCCUUCUGUAUAAAAUUUGACAUGAUUAUGUCAUUGUACCACCAGUAAAAUCUUUGCUAAUUUUUCACAUCAGUAUUUUUCAUGACUACUCUGUCACAGUUAGUUUGGACAGCCAAAUGAUCAUGUCAUUUGAUUUUUUGACUGCUUAAUUCAUAAUGCAGUUACUUUAGUACGAAAAUUAACAUUCUAGUUGUAAAUCAUUUAGGAAAUUUCUUUACAUUAACAAUGGCAAUUGAUCACAUAUGAGAAAAAAGUAGAGGAUGAGACAUACUAGAGGAUUUAUUUGCAAAUAUAGAGAAAAAAAUGGCGGCACAAAUUAACUUAGAACUUGUUUCACUUUAUGCUAAAUUCGUGGAGCACAGGAUACAACAUCCUGGCUCCAUGAAUUAUCGGUCGUUUGGCCGAUGGCUAAAGCAGGGUGGGGUCGAGUGGACCAAUGAAGAAGACCCCACCGAAACAGCUCCCAACAUGGAAUUGAUGCAAGUAUGGACAAAAUUUUUACAGUACAGACUUAGACAUAGCGGGUCAAUGGACCUAGAAGUGUUUGGACGUUGGGUGCAUAAUGGCGGGGUUGAGUUUUGUGGUGGGCGACGGGAUCGUGGUAGAAGUAGCAGUCGUGGUUGGAGACGCGGUCGUGGUGGGAGACGCGGUCGUGGUGGGCCGUAUAAGCCACAAUAUUAAAAUGUAUUUUUAUUACUAACCCUUUGUAAAACGAGGUGCACUUUUUUUUAAUAAAAUAUCCUAAAUUUAAAAUGGGCCUAAAUAUUGCCAAAAUUCAAACAAUUGCUAAACUAUUUUUCAGGCUGAAUUUAAAAUAAAUACUUUGAAAAAAACAACAUUUUUUCCAUUGAAAAAAAUAAAUACUUUGAAAAAAACAACAUUUUUUCCAUUGAAAUUAACUAGAUAAACAAAUAUUUUGUCUACCUUGUUUUACGAAGGGUUAGAUGUUAUUAAAUUUGUUAAUUAUCUUAACUCUA